AUGCCUGCGGCUGGAUCUGAAUCAACUGCUACUGUCGUUUCAUGUAUUCAAAAAGUAGAUGAUAUCGAGAAAGAACCCGAAAACAAUACGAAUGAAAAAUCGGAAACAUCUGAGAAUAAUGAAAACUCUCCGAUAACACCAGGGACAAAAUUUAAUACGUCAGGAGGAAACAAUGAACCGUCACGCAGAUUCAGCUUGUCAGAUGAAUUAAAGAAUUUGGAAGAAUCUGCACCAGUAAAAGAAGAACUAAGUGAUUUGGAUAAAUUAAAAUCUGAAGCAGAUAUAAAAAACUACGAAAAAGCUUUUGAACCAACUAAUGAAGAAUUGGAAGAACAGGAGGCUUAUGAAAACAGAAAAAUGAAGUUAUCGAAAGAAAAAGAAGAACAAUUAAAACAAUCUGACAGUCUGAAAAUAGUAGAAGAAAGUGAUGGAGAGAACGAAGAGAUACGGAGAAUAGACGAAGAAUUCAGGAGAACAUUAGAAGAGAAUGAGCGGCAACAAUAUGAAGAAAUUAAGAGAAUGAGAGAGGAAAGAGAAAAGAGACAGAAAGAAACGGAAGAAGAUUUCCGAAAAAUGAAACAAGAAUCUCAGGAAAGGAUAACAGCAAUUUUAGGUUGCAUUCAAAGGAGAAUUCGUUUUGAAGAGAAAGAAAAAGAAUGGUCAGCUAUUUUGAAAGGAUUCCGAGAUCCGUUGAUAAAAAUAGUAACGUCUCAAUAUGCUCUCCAAGACGAGUUCCGAUGGCAAACUGAAGAUGAAAAAGAAACACCGGAAAUUAUAAUUGAAGAAGUUAAAUAUUUUGCCAAACUUGUUUGCAGUGCUCAAAAUGUGCUGGAAAAUGCAUUUUGCAAACUAGAGAUGCUCUCAGAAAACUAUGAUGAUAGAAUAUUUUUGAGAAUGAUUAUGAAACCUGUCAGUCUGGUAGGCCACCAAUGUAAUUCAAUCGGGGAGUCUCUUAUCCAACUUCUGAGAACACCGCUGCUGAAAGAUUCUCAGAAAAAGUUCAAUGACGCAGUUUCCAAUCUUGAUCCACAAUUAAUUCCAACCACAACAACACUGAAAAAUAACUCGAUGACCGCCAGAAUAGAAGAUUAUACUGGAAUGGAACCUACACCUCCUCCUGAAUGGUAUUACACUUUUUCUAAUAUUCAAAAUGACUGA